GCAAGUUCCGGAAAAUGCAUACUGCUGCUUUACACGUGAUAACUUAUGCUGUAAUCCUUUUUACAGCAUGCCAGGCACAAAGCUCUGGUCAAUGUACAUCAAACACCAUGUCAAAUUUUGAUUCCAAAGAUUAUACUUUCACAACUCAAAGUGAGUGCUUUCUGGCAUGUGUCAACAAAGAUAAAUGCUACAACUAUGAAUUCCACCUCGCUUAUAACUAUUGUACAAUCUACUUCUCCACUCAAUCAGUCAAUCCCAACUACGAUGAAGAAUUUAUAGUCACCUGCCCGAACGAUGCAUCACACUGUUAUGGUUAUAAUGUGGGAGAUUUCAUCGAUAUAACUGCUGCAGCCACACCAGCGGACUACAGUUUUUCUUCUUUUGGUUUGUUUCAUUAUCUCUUAUCUCUAAUCGUCGUGUACUACUGUUGA